UUAUUUGUCGGUCCCUUCCUGUAAAUGGUUCCGACGUGGUGUCAUUUGCGGUUGUUAUUGCAUUAUCGUUCUCGACAAAACAUAUUUUGAUUGAUACACUAUCAUUGGCGUGGCUGUUAAAUCUGGGCAGUUUUUUCUUUGAAACUGAUCGCCGGAGAAGACACGAGGAAGGAAGUCUCGAGGAGGUAUGCGAUGGAUGGCUCGGCUUCAGCUCGAGAAUAGAGCAAUCAGAGGCUUAUUACGGAAGGAUGCUACACGCUGACAGAGCCUGUAACUCUAGGAAACGGCUGGCCCCUGUGACUGGUGACGUAGCCGAUCGUUGGUUGUUUCGGAGAAGAUUAUGGUUAAUUCAUUGCAGUAAACACAGACCGCACGCCUGACUACGUGAUCAGUUACUUUGGGGAACUUAAAGACGUUGCAAUACUACUAAACCAUGAACAUACUAUCUGCUAUAAUUGUGUUUGAGAACCUCCAUGAGGUCAAGAGGCUUUUUCACUGGGGUCCUAUCAUCGCACUGACAGUCAUCGGUGUGUGCUCCUCCAUGGCUGUACUGGACUCCAUUAUCUGGUACUGGCCACUGGACACCACUGGAGGCAGCAUCAACUUCAUUAUGCUCAUUAACUGGACUGUCCUCAUUCUUUACAACUACUUUAAUGCCAUGUUUGUGGGCCCUGGGUAUAUUCCUCUAGAGUGGAAUCCGGAAAAGCAACAAGACAUAAUGUACUUACAGUUCUGUAGAUUGUGCCAAGGUUAUAAAGCUCCUAGGUCACAUCACUGUCGGAAGUGUAACAGGUGUGUGAUGAAAAUGGAUCAUCAUUGUCCUUGGAUCAACAACUGCUGUGGUCACUUGAAUCAUGCCUACUUCACCAGCUUCCUUCUGCUUGCUCCUCUGGGCUGUAUACAUGCUGCAUUUAUCUUUGUCAUGACCAUGUACUCUCAACUCUAUGAUAGGAUCUCAUUUGGGUGGAGCACAGUGAAGAUUGACAUUAGCGCUGCUCGGCACAUCCACCAUCCCAUUAUGCCUUUCAGCAUUGCAGCGUUCGCAGCCACUCUCUUCGCAUUGGGAUUGGCGCUGGGUACCACAAUUGCUGUCGGCAUGCUGUUUUUUAUACAGAUGAAGGUGAUUCUUCGAAACAAAACUUCAAUAGAAGUAUGGAUUGAUGAGAAAGCCAAAGACAGAAUCCAGUACUACCAAACAGGUGAAGAGUUUAUCUUCCCCUAUGACCUGGGCAGCCGAUGGGAGAACUUUAAACAGGUGUUUACCUGGUCUGGUACCCCCGUGGGAGAUGGAAUCGAAUGGCCUGUACAUGAAAAGUGUCACCAGUAUACUCUAACCAUUGAGCAGCUGAAGCAAAAACAUGAUAAACGUCAGCGAAGUGUGGAAUACAGAGUUGUGGAGGACUUCAAUGGGGCUUGUUGCCCACUGGCGAAGGGGCUAAACACUUUCUUUAGGACACCAUGUACAGAGGAGCCCAGGAUUAAACUCACAAAGGGGGAAACCAUCUUUGCUACAAGGGGAACAAAGUGGUGGAUGUAUGGAGAUAAAGUUUUGAAAGAGGAACAGGCAAAAGCUGGAGUUCGUAUUAGAGGAUGGUUCCCACGACGAUGUGUUGAGAAGUGUCACUAUGACUCGGCGAAUGAUUCGACAAGUGAAGAAAAAAAAGAACAAUAGUGCAGAAUUGUACAUUUCACUGUUCAUUUUAAACAGAGGACCUAAUAUUAGGGCCAUGCAUUUUUAACCCAGCAGUGAUGCAAAUUUCUAAAGUGUAUUGUGUCAUGUCUAAUUCUUUUGUAAUGCUGUUCAAUAGCACCAGCGCUAAGUGUUGACAAAUCGGUGGCAAAACCAACAGAUAAACCCUGCUGGAACAAAAACAGCUUAAAACCAGCCUAAGCUGGUUUGCUGGGACCGGAUUCACAAAACGUUCUUAAGAAGAAAAUUCUUCUUAACUACCAUUUUCUUCUUUAAUUUCUACGAAUAUUUUGUAUUCCCAAAAAACUUCUUAAGAAAGUUCUUAUCUUUUUUUUCUGAAGAACUAUUUCAUGAAUCCGGCCCCUGGUUAGUAGAGGAAUUUUGGGCUGGUUUAAGCUGUUUUGUUUAGCAGGGCUGGCACCCCAAAGUUAACUUCUGUAAACUUCUGUAAUAUAACAUUUUAUUUCCAAAGAACAGCUGGCAGAGAAAUUGAUUUUUUUUUUUUUUAAUGCAAUCAGGGGCAUAUGGCAUUAUGUUCUGUAUUAGGUAUUAUUAAGAUGUUUACUUGAAACAUUUCUCUCUUUCUUUCUUUAUUCCUUUCUCUCUUGCUUGCUCUCUCUGUCUUUGAUGCUACACUGAUUAUGCAAAGCCUUUCACUAGUUGUAACAAGGUUUUUGUCAUGCAAAUUAUCUUAAUUGUUUGUAUAGUGGAAAAAACUAUUUCAUUUUAUUUUUGAUGACUUUUUUUGUAAAACUGAAGUCAACCUCACUGGUCAAAUAAACAACCAUGCUCUGUACAAUAA